CGAAGUGAAGAGUCUACAUAAGUUAACGUGAGAUAUAAUGCUUUCAAAGCUUUUACUGAUGUGCUGCUUUGUUUCAAUUUUGAUUUCGGAUGUGGACUGUCUUUGCAAUGAGACGCAGUCAUGUGUUUCCGAAGACGGCAAGCAUGGGUAUUGUAUGGGUGGACAGUGCUUAGCUGAAGUCCAGUCUAGGUCAAGAACAGACCUAGAGUUUCGGAUUAUAGCUAAAUACCCGGAGAUAAAUAUCAAGGAAAUUCAAAACAAAUUCUUAUACAUCAGAGGAAGUGGACUUGGUUUAAACUGGACAGCGGGAAAAAAAAUGACGAAGACUGCGAGUGAUACAUGGGAAAUACUCUUUACAUUUACAUCUUCGGAUGAUGGAUUCCGGUGCCAAGACUGUUCAAGUGAUAUAAAGAUUACUAAGAAACUUGAAUAUAGAAUUUUGAUUGCAGACAAAACUAAUAUGAUUGGUGGUAAUUUUGUUGUAGACUUACCAGUUUCGAUGUCGUCUUCCUAUUUUCACGAAAAACCGUUGAUUAAAGUAUAUCCGUGGUUUUACUCAAAAGCAGGACAUACGUCUAAUUUCACAAUUAAUUCUACAGAAAUCGGAAAGGAACGCAAGAUAUAUCUGUAUUUUCCACCAAGUUUUCACGAAAACACUUAUAAAAAAUACCCGAAUUUGCUUGUCUUUGAUUUAUAUCCUGGUGGUGACUCUAAGAUACUAACACCUAUUGUCGAUAAACUUCUAGCUGAAACUGGAACCACAAAAGAGUUUAUCAUCAUUGGGUAUGGGGAUUAUCAACCAAUACAUGAACGUUUUGUUCUACUAACACCUGUUCCAGGUACCUAUUUGACAUGCGCUAACGGGACCUUUUUUAAUCUAUGCGACAAUUGCCUGCCAAAAAAUUACACAGUUGAUGAAGAAUAUCUAAGGCUAAUGAUAGAGAAAUGUGGAAAACGCGAUAACAUCCAAGGACUUGGUGAUCGUUUACUUGAUUUCGUCUUACAUAAAGUUCGCCCUAAAGCACAAGAACUUGCGAAUAAACGUAUCCUGAUAGACCAACCCAAUACAGGAAUAAUGGGAUAUUCUCUUGGAGGCUUAAUGUCAUGUUAUGCUGCAUGGACACGAUCAGCAAUUUUCGGAUUAGCUGCCUGCCAAAGCCCAUCAUUAUGGUGGCCUAUAAAUAACACAACUUUAAAUACUUCAGACUUUGAUUUUAUUAAUAACACUCUCAGAGACAAAUCUUUUCAACAACGAAGAUUCCCACAGAAGAUAGUUUUAGAUGCAGGGAGUGAAGAAACUGUUAGCCCAUACAAACUCACACAGUCAACUGUUGAAACUGCAAAAAGGAUAUCAAAUACCCCUGGUUUUACCAUGAAUCAUAAUGUUUGGGUAAACAUAUACCCAGGAGAAACUCAUACUGUUUUGUCAUGGUUCAGUCGAUUCUGGACAGUAUGUCAGACAUUGUUACCAUCUGAAGGAGCUCCACAAAUGCCUCGAAUUCACACAGACCCCAGUGGGGUUGUUGCUAAUAGUGCUUCGAGUUAUUUGUACAUUAAUUUUACAUUAUUAAUUUGUGUUCAGUGUGCAAGGUUUUUAUUUUACAAAGAAGUUUAGUAAAGUUGUCAAGAAAAGGUAGUUUCGUAAA